AAUAUUUUAGAUGAUGAGAAUGAAAAGAAGAAAUUUAAAGGAGACAGAAUGUCAACGCUCCCUUCACAUGUUCUUCGUCUUCAUUAAAUUGCAAGUGGUGUUACUGAAGCAGAAGUCAUUUCAUUAAGCCUCCCUUUUGGGAAAGUAACCAACAUCUUGAUGCUAGAAGCAAAAAGUCAGGCAUUUUUGGAAAUGGCUUCUGAAGAAGCUGCUGUUACUAUGGUGAACUGCUAUACUCCUGCUACACCUCACCUUGUCAAUCAGCCUGUUUAUAUUCAGUAUUCUUAUCACAGAGAACUUCAGACUGACAAUCUACCUGAUCAGGCUAGAGCCCAAGCUGCUUUGCAAGCUGUGAAUGUUAUGCAGUCCGGAUACCCAGCUGUUACAAGUGCUUUUGCUGCUCAAGGUGGGCUACUUCCAGGUCAGGGUUCUGUCCUUCGAAUCAUUGUUGAAAAUACGAUCUACCCUGUCACUCUAGAAGUGCUGUAUCAGAUUUUCUCUAAAUGUGGAUCUGUCUUGAAGAUUGUCACGUUCACUAGGAACAAUCAAUUCCAAGCUUUGCUCCAGUAUGCUGACCCAAUGAAUGCAUAUUAUGCCAAAACGACUCUGGAUGGCCGAAGUAUCUACACUGCAUGCUGCAUUCUGCAUAUUGAUUUCUCCAGGUUAACUAGCCUUACAGUAAAGUACAACAAUGACAGAAGUAGAGAUUUCACUCGCCUUGACCUUCCUUCUGGUGAUGGCCACAUGCUGGAGACACAUAGAGCUGCUGGCUUUGCCACCCAAAAUUUCAUCUUCCCAUCAUAUGCUGGGGCUGCUGGGUUUGCCCCACCCAUUGGCUUUGCUCAAUGUGUUGGAAUAAGUGUUCCAGGUCCAGCUGUUCCUGGAGCACAUGGUUCUCUCGCAGGCACCAUACCUGCAGCACCUGGACAGAUUGCUCAUCCUUAUGUUCCUGGUGUUCCAAGAAAUUCUGUUUUACUAGUCAGCAACCUCAACCCUGAAGCCAUCACACCACAUGGACUUUUCAUCCUAUUUGGUGUGUAUGGUAAUGUGCAUCGCGUGAAGAUCAUGUUUAAGAAAAAAGACAAUGCUUUGGUUCAGAUGGCAGAUGCAACCCAGGCUCAAUUAGCUAUAAGCCACUUGAAUGGACAGAGGAUUUAUGGAAGGGUCCUCCGUGCUACUCUUUCAAAACAUCAGGUAGUUAAACUUCCUCACAAGGGACAACUGGACCAAGAUCUGACGAAGGACUAUAGCAAUAGCCCUUUACAUCGCUUUAAGAAGCCCGGUUCUAGGAACCUCCAAAAUAUCUUUCCUCCAUCUUCCACCCUGCAUCUCUCCAACAUCCCGCCUUCUGUUACUGUUGAUGAUCUGAAGAAACUUUUUGCAAGUACAGGAUCUACUGUGAAAGCCGUCAAAUUGUUCCAGAAAUGUUCCAGAAUGGCUUUUAUCAAGCUGGGCUCUGUGGAAGAUGCAGUUCAUGCUCUUAUUGAGCUUCACGAUCAUGACCUUGGAGACAACCAUCACCUCCGAGUUUCUUUCUCAAAACCUACAGCCUGA